AAACCUGCUGCUAGGAUAUUGGCAAUACCUGUUUGUCAACGAUAUAUCAACGAUGACAAUAAACCUGUUCUAUUUAACCAUCCUAAUAUAGUAUAUCUACCUAGUCAUGUGACAGGACAGACAUUAUAUAGUACUAUAAGUACAGUUAUCCCCCCUGAUACGGUGUAUUCGGUUGUAUUAACAGAUGGACAGGGUAAACAUUGUUCACGGUGUCAACAUAUGGAUCAUUGUACUGGAUGUGUUAUGAGUCGUGAAGGGGAGAUCACUCUACAGCCUGGAGAUCAUCUUGCUGUUCAAGUAGAAGAUGUAACUAGGGGGCAGAUAACUCAAGCCGAAUGUUUGGUUGAUCAUGUGACUAUGAAUGACCUUCGACCUGAUGAACCUGUUACUAUUUAUGAUUGUUUUACUGCCUUUACUCAAUGUGAAGUUUUGGACGAACAGAAUCCGUGGUUUUGUCCACAAUGUCGUAAAAAUCAAUGUGCCAAUAAACGAAUGACCGUCUGGCGAUACCCUGAUACAUUGAUUGUUCAUUUAAAACGUUUUGUCUUUCAUGAGUUUUCGAGUACGAAAAUUGACAACCCUGUGAUAUUUCCCCAAAAAAACCUCCAAUUAACGGACUUUCUCUCCGGGCCUAAAAACAACGACCUUCAAUACGACCUCUACAGUAUUGUUUGCCAUUUUGGAGGGUCUAAUUCUGGUCACUAUACAUCGUAUACACGACACCCUAUUAAUGGUGAGUGGUUUUAUUAUAACGAUGAAACUGUGACACAAUCUGUACCUAAAGAUGAGGAAUACAGCAGCGGCUACGUUUUAUUCUAUCAAAAACUUGGAUCGAAUGUUAGGAUUACACCUGGAGUAAAAUAUUCAAACUGUGAUAAUCUACUACCCUCUGUCUGUUGUAUAGACGACGAUACACAACACGAUAUAGAUCCUACACAAUUAGACUUUUACUCUUAAUUUAUAUCUCUAGACACAGCACACAGAUCACUCAACUAUAUAUAUAACAAACAGAUCAACACACACACAGGUCAACACACACAGACCAACACACACGGGUCAACACACAUACAGGUCAACACACACACAGGUCAACACACACAGAUCACUCAACUCAACACAAACAGAUCAACACAGAGAGAUAAAUUUAAAGAGAAAUGAAAUGAAAUGGUGUUUAACAUUCUACUUUCCUGCAUCAAUCAGGUUGAUGGGCAUAUACACUGCUGUUCACUUCAUAAUUUUAGUGUAUUUUUUUCAUGAAGUUGAUUUUAAGGAAACAAGGUUUAGAACUUAGCCUAACAUAAGCCUCUUAAGUUAAACAUACAUUAUGCUAGAGGUAAACCUACCUAUUGCAGGUCUUUCUUUAGGCCUGAAAUGUUAACUAAAUUAGACAUUAAUUAACAUGACAAGACCAUAAUCAUCUCUUGAUGUCAUCGUUAGCUUCCGAUAUUUAGUGGAUUUGAAUCCGUUUUUUGAUGGAUGACGAAACGUUAAAAUGGACAAUCAAGUUUAUUAUCGUACCAACAUUAGUAAUGACGAUCAAAGCUUGCCUAAAAUUGAAUUCGUAUUAUCAUGGUUUAGAGUUAAGCAAUUUGACUGAAAUUUUCAGAAAGUUGCUAAUAUAGCAAGAACUGUCAUCUCUUUAUCUAAUCUAACCCGAUGUCUGUUUAGCUGUUUAGUCCAGUCUGCAGUUAUAUCAACUGUUUAUUAUCAAAUUAACAUUUUAAUUGUACAUAAUUCUCUUCUGAUUUAAUUUAUUAGAAAUUAUUCAAAUUAACAUUUUGUUUAGUUUUUUUAGGCCAAGGAAAUAAUUCCCCUGAUUAUAAUUACUUGGCUUCCAAAAUAGUAAUCUUAAUAGCUGAGUCAAGUUCCGAAAAAUAAUGCGAUUUGGAGUGUUGAAUAACGAAAUAUUGACGUUGGAAUUUGUCAGCUGAAAACCAUGUUAAGACCGAUUUUGCUGUUAUUAUUAGGUUUUGUUGUAAUGUUAAUAAUGUUGAAAUGAUUGAUCGAUUCUAACUUGUCGAAACAAGCUAACACUACCUGUAAUGUUGAUAUGUCUAUCUGUCUACCUGUACAGGUGUUCUAUCUGUCUACCUAUACAGGUAUGUCUAUCUGUCUACCUGUAGAGGUGUGUUUAUUAAGAUGUAGUUUGUGUGUUUGUUAAUGAUUGACUCGUGUUUUAAUUCGACUGUAACAAGAAUUUAUAGUGAUGUGAAUAUUCUAACUUUUACUACUCUUCUCUUCUUGGUUUGUAUCAGUGACAUCUCACCCUCGUCUUGGUUGUAUGUGUUUUCCGCUUCAUCUUGGCUUGUAUGAAAGUGCCGACCCCUCCCAUGUGGGCUUGUAUGAGUGCCCAAACGCUCAUUUUGGCUUGUAUAAGACCCCCACCCCCACCUUCAUCUUGGCUUGUAUGAAUGUCUACCCCACCCCCUCUCCGCCACUUGUAUGAGUUUGUAUGAUAUUGUAGCUAUAUCACUACGUGUUUUUGUUGUAAAACCCUCAGUUUUUCAGAUAAAUAUGUGAUAAAAUUGUGUAAAUAUAAAAAUAUCAAAUCAUUUGAUGUAAGAAGAGAAAACAAAAUAUAUUGUACGAGAAAUAAAAAAUGUGUAAAAAACAA